AUGACCGAUCGCGUGGUGGCUCACCAGGGGGCCGCAUGCUGGGCGACAUUAUUUACGCACGCGCACUACUUGCCAUGCCUAGCUGUGCUGCUGCAGAACAUGCGUGCAUGCCAGACCCGAUACCCCCUUGUCGUGAUGGUGACAGAGACGGUCGAUGCGCGUACUCGCGAGCGGCUGACGCGGAUGGGGUGUGUUUUGCGCGACGUGGACGCGUGGCGCGUUCCGCAUGCGGAUGGCUCGCUGGCCUUUGAGCGCUUCCAGAACGUAUGGACCAAGCUGCGCGCGUUUGAGCUGUAUGAGUACGAGCGCGUCGUGAUGAUCGACUCUGACAUGCUCAUGUGCCACAAUAUGGACGAGCUCUUCGACCUACCACUAGAGCGCGGCAUGAUCGCCGCUGCGUUGGCGUGUACAUGCAAUCCGAAGCAGAUCCCUACCUACCCAGCUGAGUGGACGCCGCGCAACUGCGGAUACGCACUCCGGCCUCAUCCACCUAACGAUACGCGGCAGCUGACCAAGCCGACGCACCGGCUCAUCAACAGUGGCGUGGUGGUGCUGGAGCCAUCGCAAGAGCAACAUGAUAAGAUCCACACGUUCAUUCUGCAGCAUCCUGAGCGCGUAGCGCAGUAUCGUUUUCCAGACCAGGAUCUUCUCGCGGACGUGUACAGCGAGCGAGUCCAGAUGCUCCCAUGGCACUACAAUGCCCUCAAAACACUGCGCCAAUGCCAUCCUGACCUGUGGAACGAUGACGAGGUGCGCAUGAUCCAUUAUAUCCUCGACAAACCCUGGCUCCUCGGUCCCGCCCCGUGUGGGGAACACACACAUCUCCAUUCGCUCUGGUGGAACGCGUACGCGUCCCUCGCUGCUCAUCCCGCCACCCUGGGCAUGACGCGUGACGAAUGGGCGAAGGAAGUUGCCUUACAUGUGCGGGGUAUAUAG